AACAGAUGCAUCAGACAUGAUGAUUCAAUCAUUAUUAUUGGAGAGGUCUCUAUCAUUGAAAAGAGAAGUAAGGUUGUUUUGUUACCAGAAUAUUAUUGAAUUGUGACAACAUAUUCAAUAACUUCCACCUUAAGUGUUUUAAAUUUAAAUUUAGUAUUUCUUAAAUAGACAACGAAUCAUUAAUAAUUGUGUUUAAAAUUAAUAAUAAUUUCCACAAACUGUGCCAUCUUUAAACAACAUCUUUCUCUCUUCUGUGGUGUUUAUACAUGCAUAUGCUUAAUCUGUUCACAUUCCAUCCAGUCUUGACAGCAUGUUUAUUUAAUCAAAAUUAAUUUUACCUAUCAUUGGUAAACAUAUUAAUCAGUGAUGUGACACUGUAACCAGUAUUCAAAUUGCGAUUUGAAGAAAUUUGUUAAUUGCAAGAUAUUGCCAUAUUGCCUCAGUUGACAAGCCAUCGACAGCUGAUUGCUACCAGUUUUAUCUAUCAGUCAAAUGGCGAUGAUGAAAACUGACCCAAAUACAGAUUCAAAGCAGCAACAAAUAGAGAUUGGUCUGAGGCGGACUUUAGCUCGAGCCCGUUGGCAGAUUUUAGCUAAAGUAUUUUAUGAAGGCUUAGAAGCUGCCGCUCCAUAUGAUGGCUCUAUACGCUUAUUCAAUGGCUUUCCCUUGAUAACUCUGGUGGCAGUGGAAAAAGAACCCGGUAAACCUAAUGGAGAAGAAUCAAAUGUCUGGUACCAAGCUACAUGUCAAGGUAGUAAUGAUGUUAAAGUUGAAAUAAGGCUACCUGCAGGCAAAAUACCCUUUGCCGAGAUUCUUAUAUCACGUGAUUCGACCGGUGCUAUUUGUAUUUGGCCUUCUGAGAAAAUUUUGGGUUAUUGGUGCCUUCAAAAUAAACCACUAUUCAAUGGAAAGGUUGUAUUGGAGCUUGGUUCGGGUUUGACCGGUUUAAGUGGUCUCAUUGUUGCUUCAACUUGUAAUCCAGCGCAACUGUUUCUUACCGAUGGUAAUCCUGCUUGCAUUGACAAUUUGAAUUUAAUUUUAGCCAGAAAUAGAUCUCGAUUUAUAUCCAAAGACAUUCCAAUUGAAGCUCGCCAGUUGACUUGGGGCCAGCAAGAAGAUUAUGAAAAUCUUAGCGGGUUCAUUGAUGUUAUUCUCAUUUCUGAUUGCUUGUAUUUAGAAAAUUGUCACAAAAAUCUGGAACAAACAAUUUGGUCUUUGUUGAAACGAAACGGAAAAUGCUAUAUUAUCGCUCCAAGUAGGAACAAAUCUUUCGAAAAAUUUGCCAACCUUGCCAGUAAACGAUUUAUAGUUCAACAUGAGGAAAAUUAUGAUCCAACCAUUUGGUCAAUGCACACAACUUAUCUAGACGAAAGAGAUAAAUAUCAGUAUUCACCUGACCGACAUUAUCCAUUACUUAUGAUUUUGACAAAGCCAAGUUAUUAACCUCACUAGUUAUUUCAAUCAUUGUCAAUCAUUCGUAUUCAAUCGACAUUGAGGAGGAGAGGUCGCAACUAAUGAACUCAAAAAUUUGCUUGAGAAACAAAAAAAUCAAUGAAAAUUUAUUAUUAGCUGUUUGUAUCACAAAACUGGAAACGUUCAGUUCUGGUCUUUGUUUUGUUUGACAAUCAGAUGCUCUCAAUCAAUCUUCUCUCUAUUUGCCGCAGAAAUAGCGUUUAAACCAAGAUAACAUUGUUUAUAGUAGCUCCAUAUAUUACUAUAGUUGGACGAUAAUGACGGAUAAAUUCAUCGAUAACUUAUUGUUAUUGCUGUUGAAAUUAUUUGGAUAAAAUAAAACGCUUUGUUGAAGUAAUGAAAAGUACCCUAAAAACGCAACAAAAGAUGUGACCAUAAGAGGUUUACCCAUGUUAAUCUGUUACCGAUAUUGUUAUUAUUAUCGUUCAAUGCAACUAAAUGUACCUUUUAAGCUUUGUUUUUAAAUACAGUUUUAUUCAACAUAAUCA